GCGGAUUUUACGCGCACUUCUGACGGGACAUUCUGGAGACAUUGAGUACGCUAACGCGAGUGUUUCCUUAGGAUAACGAUAGCGCCGUGAAUGUUGAUUCUUUUGCGAUGAGUGGUGUGAGACGCUGCGCUGCACUAGACUGUCUAAAUACGGCUGAAAACUCUGACUAUAGUUUGUUCAGAUUCCCUUUGGAUAUUGAAAGGGCAAAGAUUUGGAUAAAAGCAUGCAACAGAGAAGACUUGCUGCCAAAGAUACAAAAUUUGCACAACACUUCCUACAGAGUUUGUGGUGAACAUUUUUCACAAAAAAUGUUUGCUAACAAAAGUCGUACAAGACUACGGAAGAAUGUGAAUCCGGAUAUAUUUCUAUCACUUGGAAGGCCGUCUACUGUCGAAGUCUCUCUUCAAACAGACGAACCGCGCCAAAAACCCUAUUCCUGUGAUGGCGCCGGCAGAUGA